CUCAGCUGUGGGGGAGUUUCACUUCACCCUCCUACCUUCUCGCGUGCUUCGCGUCGGAUUCAUUCUCCCAUCCUCUUCUGUACUCUCACCCGGUUGUCAGAGACAGUGAGCAUCACACUUCUGCCAAAGCUUCGAACAACUAGAUGUCCUCGAUCAAGACCUCGAAAUACGUGUACAGGUCCACCGCCGGUGGUGCAGGGGACCUCAGCAUCGAGUAUGGGACCGACUUGGGGGCCCUCACAAGACUGGAGGAUAAAAUUAGACUCCUUCAAGAAGAUCUCGAAUCUGAAAGAGAACUCAGACAAAGGAUUGAAAGGGAACGUUCAGACCUGACGGUACACCUUAUGCAGAUCUCAGAACGUUUGGAAGAAGCAGAAGGGAGCAGCGAAAGCCAACUGGAAAUGAAUAAGAAGCGAGACCUGGAACUGCAGAAAUUGAGGAAACUUCUGGAAGAUGUACAUCUAGAAAGUGAAGAAACAGCUCACCAUCUCCGCAAGAAACACCAAGAGGCUAUGGUCGACUUGCAGGACCAGCUCGAACAAGCGAACAAAGCCAAAGUCAAGAUCGAGAGAGAAAAGCAAAAGUUUCAAGCUGAAGUUUACGACUUACUCUCACAAGUAGAAAUUGCCAACAAAGAUAAGGUGGCUGCCCAGAAAACGGUCGAGAAGUUGGAAAUCACCAUCCAUGAUUUGAAUAUUCACAUCGAGGAGCUCAACCGUCAGGUAACAGAGGUUAGCUCUCAGAGGAGUCGUCUCAGCUCCGAAAAUGUGGAACUCAUGAAGGAGGUUCAAGAAUAUAAGGUGCAGCUGGACAACUCUAAUCACUUGAAAGGCCAGUUAGCUACUCAGCUAGAAGAGACCAGAAGGAGGCUAGAAGAUGAGGAAAGGAGGCGUCAGGCUCUGGAGCAGCACUCCCACACACUGGAGGUCGAAGUGGAGAGCCUGAAGACCCAACUGGACGAGGAGUCCGAGGCUAGGUUGGACUUGGAACGUCAACUCUCCAAGGCCAAUGGAGAAGCCGCUACCUGGAAGUCCAAAUAUGAAGCUGAAUGCCAAUCACAUGCCGAUGAAGUGGACGAACUCAGGCGUCGCCUGGCUCAGAAGACAGCUGAAUAUGAGGAACAACUUCAGGCACUCCUCAACAAAUGUAGCGCACUGGAGAAACAUAAAUCCAGACUACAGAGCGAAGUCGAAGUCCUUAUCAUGGAUUUGGAGAAGGCUACCACGCAUGCUCAGAACCUGGAAAAACGUUGCUCGCAGUUAGAAAAGGUGAACCACGAUCUCAAGUCGAAAGUAGAUGAGUUAAUUGCUCUUUUGGAACAAGCCCAGAGGGACUUCAGGGCUAAAGUAGCAGAACUACAAAAACUGCAACACGAUUUCGAUAAGCUCAAGGACCAGAAGGAUGCUUUGGCCAGAGAGAAUAAGAAACUGUCUGAUGAGUUGGGAGACUGCAAGGCUCAGUUGGGCGAUGCCACGCGCAGAAUACACGAGAUGGACUUGGAGAUCAAACGAUUGGAGACUGAAAGAGAAGAACUGACCGCCGCCUACAGGGAGGCCGAAUCCCUGAGAAAACAAGAAGAAGCCAAGGCUCAACGGCUAGCUCAAGAGCUUGCUCAAUUGAGGCAUGAUUACGAGAAGAGACUGGCAGCUAAGGAAGAAGAACUGGAGUCACUUAGGUAA